UCUUAGGUUUUCCUCUUACAAUCAUUAAGGGUAUCUUCCUGAAUUUAAUGGCGACGACUCUUCUCUGAGUAUUUUAUGUUUCUCUCUUGAGGUUUUCCAUGGCAACCGCUUUCUUCUUCCUUCUUAUGCCCUUCUUUUUCGUUUCUGCAAGUACACAUUUGCAAUCCACUGAAGAGGGCUUGAUUUCUACAGUCAUCACUGAAAAGGGUCUUGCUUUUGCCAAGGAUAUACUGAUAGAGAAAGCGAUUUCUUCUCUAACGCCUCUCAAGUUGCCUCAAAUCGAGGAGUUCGUGAAAGUUCCGUUCUUGGGAAGUGUCCAUUUUGGUCUAUCUAAUAUCACGAUUUAUAGGGUGGAUGUUCCUUAUUCGGAUGUUAAGCCUGGUGAUACUGGUAUGUCAAUUGUUGCUUCUGGUGCCACUGCGAAUUUGAGUAUGAAUUGGUUUUUUUCCUACAGCACCUGGCUUUAUCCUGUGACUAUUUCGGAUAACGGCCAUGCCUCUGUUCAGGUUGAAGGCAUAGAAGUGGGGCUUACUCUAGGCCUGGAAAAUCGGCAAGGAACUCUGGAGCUGUCCAAUAUGGAAUGUGGAUUUUAUGUGAAAGAUAUUUCUAUCACCUUGGAUGGUGGAGCUUCUUGGCUUUAUCAAGGGUUUGUGGAUGCUUUUGAAGAACAAAUAAGGUCCUCAGUGGAAACUGCUAUUACUAAGAAGAUUAAAGAAGGGAUUAUGAAGCUUGAUUCCUUAUUAAAAACGCUUCCAAAAGAAAUCCAUGUGGAUGAAACUGCUGCUUUGAAUGUCACCUUUGUUAAUGAGCCUGUAUUUAGUAAUUCUUCUGUUGGGUUUGAGAUUGAUGGGCUAUUCACUGCAGCAGAUAAGGUUGUCAGUCCUGGAAAGUACUCUAUGAAUUCACAACUUCCAGCUUUCUGUAAAUGUCCUACUAAGAUGCUUGAGAUUUCCUUGGAUGAAGCUGUAUUUAACUCUGUAUCCAACGUAUACUACAAUGCAGAAUUGAUGCACUGGAUUGUGGACAAAGUACCGAAUCAGUCCCUUUUGAACACCGCUAGUUGGAAAUAUAUUAUUCCUCAACUGUACAAGAUGUACCCAAACGAUGACAUGAUACUGAAUGUUUCUUUCUCUUCUCCUCCAGUUAUAAAGAUUUCAUCCGAUAAUAUUGAUUCUACCGUUUACUCAGACAUGACAAUUGAUGUUUUGAAUAACAACGAAACCAUACCAGUUGCUUGCAUCUCACUGGUAGUUAGUGCCUCAGGUUCGGUGGACAUCUCAGGGAAUUACCUUGUUGGUUAUGUUGGAUUAGUUGAUUUCACCAUGUCAUUGAAAUGGAGCAAAAUCGGCAACUUCCACAUGUACCUAAUUCAGUCAGUGAUGCGAACUCUCCUCAAAACGGUGUUCUUUCCAUAUGUCAAUGUACAGCUCAAGAAAGGAUUCCCAUUACCCAUCAUUCGUGGUUUCACUCUUCAAAAUGCUGACAUAUUCUGUGACAAUUCGCAAAUUGUUGUCUGCAGUGAUGUGGUUUUUACCAAUUCAAAUGAACUCAAAUUGCUUCCUCAUAAUCAAGUUCAUUCUUUCCUGGGUUUUGGUGUAUGAGAACAUUUGUUUUUCUAUGGGGAUGCACACACUGUAAUUUUAAUAGAAAGCAGACUCAGAUCCUGUUGGUCCUAUUCUCUUGCCCAAUAUGAAUAGCCCUGCUUCAUAUGGAGGACUUAGGUUGCUACAUCAGCUUCUUUAAUCUGUCAAAGACAAGAUGCACCGUCAGAUCAUGUUCGGAUGAUUCAACAUCAUUACAUUCUGAAGACUCAGGCCACAGCUUUGACAACUAUUGCAGUAUAGGGUUGUACUGUCAUUCAUGUAAAUAUGCUUGUAAUCUAACACUUCUCUCCUCCCCCUCCGCCCCCUCCGCCCCAUUGUUUAAGCUCAUUCAGUUGUUUCUACUACCUUUCUUUGGAAUCAGGUGUAAUGUUUGAAGAUUCUACAUUCUACAAUCAGCCUAAUUUCAUCCUAAGAGAUGAGGUUGAGUCCUGACACAUGGUCUAGUAAGAUUGAUACUUAAGCUCCCUUUGUUUUCAUGUAAAAUUGACAG